AUGAGGAGCGAAGUAAUUGAGGCUGGAAAGCUAGUGAACCUGUGGAAUGAAUGGGGGAUACAAAUCCUGGUCCUUGUAAGCUUUGGGUUACAAGUAUUCCUCCUCGUUUUCGGAGGAGUCCGCCGGCAUAGCAACUCCACCGCCCUGAUGUUCUUCCUCUGGUCGGCAUACCUGCUGGCCGAUUCCACGGCGAUAUACACCCUGGGCCACCUAUCUGUGGACAGUAGGUCAGACGACGAGCACCAGCUGGUGGCAUUCUGGGCGCCUUUUCUACUGCUGCACCUGGGUGGCCCAGACAACAUCACAGCGUAUGCGCUUGAGGACAACGCGCUCUGGCUACGCCACCUGCAAACUCUUGCUGUGCAGGUCCUGGGAGCUGCUUAUGUGAUAUACGAGUACAUCUCUAGCAGCGGGGCACUGCUUUUGCUGGCCUCCAUGUCCAUGUUCGUUGCCGGCCUUCUCAAGUAUGGUGAGAGGAUAUGGGCUCUCAAGUGUGGCAACAUCAGCAGCAUCCGUAGCAGCAUCAGCAUCCGGAAGGUUAAGACUGACCCUUAUCAGUUAUUGGCUUUGGGUACUAGCGAAGAGGAUUUGCUGCUUGGAGCCCACUCCCAGUUCGAUAUCUGCAAAGGUGUCUUCGCCGAUAUCAUAAUGCUACCAAAUCCCUCAGUCCGCUCGCAAUCUAAACCACGUUCUGUGAUAUCUUAUCUGGGAGAGGAUCUAUACAAAUUGGUCGAGAUGGAGCUGUCUCUGAUGUAUGACUUCCUGUACACCAAGGCAGCAGUGAUCCACACAUGGUAUGGCUUCUGCAUCCAUUUCAUUUCGCUGUUUGGCACAGCCACCACAUUCCUGUUGUUUCAGCUCAGCAUCAACAGCAGUGGAAAUCGGUACAGCAGAGUGGAUGUGGCUAUCAGUUAUGUUUUACUGGUUGGGGCUUUGGUCCUGGAAAUCAUAUCAGUGUGCAGGGCUGUACUGUCCACCUGGACAUGUUCUUUGCUGCACCGCAGGGGCAGGGGAUGGGAAUGGCCUCUCCACAUUGUCACUUCCCUUGGUCAGCGUGUCCAUCCAGCAAGUAGGAGACUCUGGUCGGGCUCCAUUGGGCAGUACAACUUGUUCCACCUGUGCACCCGCAACACCAACGAGAUAGGGAGCAGACUAGCAAUGAAAUUGGGCCUCGAGGACUGGUGGAACAAGAUGCACUUCUCAGGCACUUUCCCGCACGCAAACUCGUCUUUGUCAAUACAAGAUAUCAAGAAAUUGGUUCUGGAAGCAUUGCGAAGCAAAGAGCAAGCACUGCAACACCAAGAUACUGAUUUGAACUCAAGAGGCAGCUUUAUACUGAAACGUAUGGAGGCCUACAAGGACUUUGCUCGCUGGAGCGUCAACAUUGACUUUGACGAGAGCAUCCUUGUUUGGCACAUUGCAACCGAGGUGUACAUCAGGAAAUCCAAGGCCAAACAUGCAAAAGAGCUCCUUGAGGCUACUGAGGUACUAUCCAACUACUUGAUGUUCUUGUUGGUGGUGAAACCCAACAUGCUGCCUGGUGCUGCACGGCACAACAUACAUCUCACCUCCUGCGAACAACUAGAAGGACAGUGCCGAAUGCGAUUUGGUGAUAAGGACAACCCAGUGGCGCCGUCCCCUGUAAGCUGGAACCCGUACUAUAUUCUUAAGGAAUUGUUCCACCAUGAUGGCCCCAGUUGCUCCAGGAUCCCACGGAGGGAGAAGCUUGCAGAGGUGGCGUGGAGUUUCUCCCAAUUUGCACUGGGAUCAGUAAGGGCACCAAAUCCACAUGGGGACUCCAUCCGCGACAAUGCUAAUAUGUAUGCAAUCUUGCUCGCCAACGAACUUCUGAGCAUAGAGUUGCAGUGGCAAGAUCAGCGUGACACUUUGGAACUGAUCCUGGGGGUGUGGGUGGAGAUGUCAUUGUAUGCUGCGGAUCAUUGCAGCCAAGAGUCCCAUGCCAGGCAGCUCAGUAAUGGCUGCGAGUUCAUUACCAUUGUGUCAUUGCUAGCACACCACUUCAAGUACUACUCUGGGGUCUUCAGGGGCACCGACAACCUUGGUGAAGAUAAACCUGCAAGUGGAAAUAGCCCCAUUACUGAAAAUAAUCCCAUGAGUGAAAAUUGUGGAAACUUGGUUUAG